AUGGGCAACGACUGGUCGACGCGAACAAAAUCAGAGAAAAAGCAGGUGUUGAGUAGUCAUAGCUACUGUAAGUGGUAUAAAAAUGGAACCACAUCUAGGAUUCCUAGUUUUUUAGCGCCAAACCCCUUCCCUCAAUACGUUACAAAUCCCACUUUUCCGGAAUUCGAUCCAACUCUCUUCCUAGUUGAUAUUGGUGCCAAAGAUGUAAACUUGAACAAUCUGAUGAAGAAAAAGAAGCAAACUAACAUAGCCACAAGUCGACUCUUUAUUUAUGGCCCCAACAAGAUACGCUAUUUGCUACAAUUUCGAGCUGCAAACGCUGAAUUUUCAUUCGUUUAUGCCAAGGACAGACCCGCUGCUGAAUGUCAAAAAACGCGUUCAUCUCAGACCCAUGGAAUUGAAAAAUUUGUAAAAAUAAAUGAAGGGAUACUUAAUCGUAACUUCUACAGGAAAGAAUUUAUCCCUACGUCUAACCAACCUAAGAAAUUCACUCGGGAGCAUAUACAUCAGUGCGAUGAAAAUCUUGAAAGCCAAAUAUUUGUCGAGAAGGAUGGAAUGGAAUUUCUAAUAUCAAUUAGAGGAGACCUAACUGCUGCUUCCCAGUUUAAGUACGAGGCUCCAUCCAACUACUUAGGCUCUUGCCGAGCUUCCUUAUUGAUAAGGAUAGACUCCGAGGGUGAUGUAUGCCGAGUAUGCUUUGACUUGGUGGACGUAAAUUAUGGAAACAUAUUGUCAAAGACAUCCAGAGGCUGUCAGACCACAGAUCCUUACAUUUACUACAAAACCCGUGGCAUAACCAAUUCGUUCAUUUACGUUCCCGUUCCACUCUCGACCUACCUGUACAGGGAUCCAAUGCCCGGCAUUCGCUUGCACAGCCACAAACAGUUGAUGAGGGGCGUGGAGCCCGAGUGGAUGACGGAAGUCAGACGAAAACGCCUUUGUCAUCCCAAGAAGGUGAAGGCAGAUCCAAGAUAUCCGGGUUCCCUCGUCUCCAGUUUUAUUGUGGAGUAUGGAGGAUACGCUUACAAGGCCUGCACGGGUCUAUUAAGAGCCCGACUAAUCCGAGGCACUCAACUUUAUGACGAAUUUGUACGAACACAUUUCUCAGAGGGGGAAAAGUUUCCUGAAAAAUUUUAUGAUUUACCUGAUAAUUCAAGUUUUUUGAGGCUUUGA